CGGAAAGAGAAAGGGCUGGGCAGCCAUCGGGUGCGCUCUUGCCCCAAUCCAGAUCCAUCCUUGCCCCAGGCGGCCCUGGCAGCGGCCCGGAACCUGGCAGCGGCCCAGCCGGGAGCCCCAAGGAGCCGAGGGGGCCAGCAUUGCAAGUCGGCGGCAGCUCCAUGAAAGGCGCCGGGGCCGCGAAAGGAUCCAGGGCCCGGACUGGCUGCUUGAGCCCUGCCAGGAUGCUUCUGGCGAGCCCCUCCGCCAGCCCUGGGAUCUAGACACUGGGGGCCGGAGCGGGGGGCAGCCGGGGAGAGAAAUCUUCCGGGUGGUGUUUUGCAGAAAGAAAGAAAGAGCAGAAAGAAAAGGCACCCGAGCUUUUGUUCCCCCGAUUCUCCGGCUGCGAUUUUUCCUCCCAGCCACAAAAGCUGCUUUCUUUGCUGGGGGAGGGGAUGUGCAAAGCUGAUCUGUAACCUUGCAAAGUCUCUCCAAAAAUCCUUUAUUUUAUGUUUUUGGAAAGAGGGCUAGUGCAAAGUUGGUGUGUCUUUUUUAAUUAUUAUUCUCCGCGCUAAGCGUGCAUCAUUUAUUUAUUUAUUUUUGAAGCCGAGAGCUGGGGUCAUUCAUCGGUUUGGAGGAGGAGGAGGAGGUGGGGGGAGGGAAGCUUGCUUGGCCGCCCUAUGGCUCGCUCCCCUAGCAAAGAAAGGCUCUGGAAACAGACUUAGAUGAAAAGAGAGAAAUUGGGGUCUGCAUGAGCCAUUCCUCCAAUACCAAAAGUCAAUAUUGCAAGCCAUUUCUUCCAGGUUUCUUUUUCUUUGAAGGAUGAAUUUGUGAUUUUUUUAAUGUUUCAUUGGGGCUUGACCCCUGGGGAGCAAGCCAAUGGCAGUUUUUUAAAUGGCUAAGAGUACAUUUUCCAAGCUACCUCUCAGGAUCUCUCAAAAUAAGAACAGUUAUUGCCACCAUCACUUGUUUUUGAAGCUCUGCUUGUUCCUUUGUGGCCUUUUGGAGAAGGCUCAGCCAUGUUGAGAAUCCCCAAAGUUGGGCCUCCUGCCCCUGGACGGGCCCCUUCUGCUCUUGGACCUCCCCAGCAGCAAAAGAAAGUAAUGCCUGUGAUCACCUCUGCAGAACUGGUGGUAUCCAACCUCGGCAGCCCCCAGAUGCGAGCUCUCCCAGCUACCUAUUUCACUCAGGUGUACCCUCAGACUGCUGUGGUUGCCCCAUUGCCUAGGGGCAGCUGCCUUUAUGCCACCCCCCAUGGACCCGAGAUCAAAACCAUGCGAUCCGCUUCCACUGGAAAAUUGCCGGCCAAAAGGAAGCUGGAUCUGGAAGGAACAGGCCAGCAGUGCCUCCCAGAGUUCCGAACCCCAAAGGGCAAAGGAAGGACGCUCCCGCAUAUCCCCAGCCCCAAAACCCCUAAGUCACCUGGGGAGAAGACCCGCUAUGACACGUCGCUCGGCCUGCUAACUAAGAAGUUCAUCCACUUGCUCAGCGAGUCGGAGGAUGGUGUGUUGGACCUGAACCGGGCGGCCGAGGUGCUGGAUGUCCAGAAGCGGCGCAUCUACGAUAUCACCAAUGUCCUGGAGGGGAUCCAGCUCAUUCGGAAGAAAUCCAAAAACAACAUCCAAUGGAUGGGGACAGGGAUUUUUGAGGACUCCUCUGUGGCAACGAAGCAGCAGGCAUUGCGGCAGGAGCUGACGGAGCUCUCCAAGACCGAGAGGAUGCUGGACAAGCUCAUCCACGAGUGCACACUUCAGUUGAAGCACCUGACAGAUGAAGAAACAAAUCAGAGGCUAGCAUAUGUCACAUAUCAGGAUAUCCGUGCCAUCAGCAACUUCAACGAGCAGACGGUGAUUGUGGUCAGAGCCCCACCAGAAACCCGGCUGGAGGUGCCAGAUGUUUGCGAGGAGAACGUCCAGCUGCAUUUGAAAAGCAACAAUGGCCCCAUCGAGGUGUACCUCUGUCCUGAGGAAAUCCUGGAGGAGAGCCCAGCCAAGGAGGGCAGCUUUCCCGCUCCAGCACCCCAGGAGAGCAGCAACCCCCCGACGGUGAAAGUCGAGUCCGUGAAGACUGAGCUGCCCAGCUGCCUGAUGGAGGGGGAAGACGGCUUCCUCGAGCUGCCCCACCACCUCCUGCAACAGACCGAGGACCAACUCCCUUCCGCUUCUUAUGGCGACGCAGGCCCCUUUGUCACCUUCUCCCCUCCGCUCGACCAAGAGGACUACCUGUGGGGGCUGGAGGAGGGCGAGGGCGUUAGCGACUUAUUUGAGGCCUACGACUUGGGCGACCUGCUAAAGAACUGAGCCCCCGGAAUCCCCAGGCCCUUCUCAUGGUGCUAAUUCCCUCCACUCCAGAGCCUUGGGGCUUUUCUGCCUUGGGGCACUUGCUUGCAUUUGGGCUCAGCGGAACCUGGCUGCCAAGACACCCCCCCCCCCCCAUCAGCUCUCCGAGAGAUCCUUAUUCAUCUCAGGCUUUUCUGAAACCGUCGUGGACAUUGUGCGUGACACUCCCCUCCCCACCCCCGGAUGCAAUGAGAAGUGCCAACAGCUCCAAUGGGGGGACCCCCUCCCACCCCUUUUCCUUCUGCAGAGGUUGCAAGUUGGAUGAUUAUCACUCCACUCAUGCAUAGCUGCCAAGUUUUCCCUUUUCUUGUGAGGAAGCGUAUUCAGCAUAAGGGGAUUUCCCUUUAAAAAAAGGGAGAACUUGGCAGCUAUGCUCAUGGUGCCAGCAGCUAUAAUAGCCCAUGUCUGUGACUUUUCUAGGGACCCUUGAAACUUUAACCCCAUGAUGCGUCCCUGUUUUGCUCCAAUUUCUCGCCAAGGCAGAAAUGGUCAAUUUAGGGCAGUAUCGGUAGCACCAGGUAUGAUUAUGGCUGGCAAAGCAACUGCACCAAUCCCAGCAGCAGGAGAUUUGCAAGUGAGCCCUUUUCCUUGGCUUUGACACCCUGAAAUUAUGGGCCAAUCUGCUGGGAGAAGUAAUACUUUUAACAACUGCUUGGCACAGGGCACUCUCCUGCUACCUCUGCGAUUCCUCUCCAAGUAUCAGUCCUGUGGCACGAUGCGUCUGAGCUAAAAGCCCAUCCUGGUGAAGCCAAUGAAACUUGAAACUUCCUUUCCAGUGCGUCCUGGUAUGAAGCUGCAAGGUGACAUGCUUCCCUUAAUAUGUCAUUGCAGAGCUAGACAAGACACAGGCCAGUCCCUGAAAAACCAUCUUUCUAUUCUCCCCAGAAACAUUUAGUGAAAGUCUCUGAACAUCACAAUAGGUGGGGAGCUUUCCCACCUUCGCUCCAUGCAUUGCCAGCUGCGGGUGUAAAAUAGCAGCAUGAUAACCAUCAAGCCCAAGCAUCCAGUUUCUCUAGAUGAUCUAUGAGAGAAAGUUGGGGUGCAAUUUCGAUGCAUCGUUCU